CCCGAAACCGACUUUACUUCAACCACACCGGGGCCAAGUUUCACUUCUAUUCUUUUCCCUCUUUUUUUUCCUAUUCCCCGUAGAUCCCCCAAGAUGUCGUCCGAACCUGGAAAACCCUCCACUGGGAUGCCAACAAUAGCAACAGGACCCGCCGGCGAGGAUGCUGCCGAGUUCCUAGAAAAGCAGGCAGCAAAACAACAGGAAGCUUCGAUGGCAACUGCCGAAACCGCUCAUCAGAAGGAGGAGCCCCCAAUUGCAGAGAAGACGAUAGAGGAACCAAGUGCAGCAGGUUCCAAAGCGGUUGAGAAAUCAGAACAACCAGUAUCAGCUCCCGAGGAGACAAAAGCAGAAGAACAGACUGCUCCAACUGGAACCACAACGUCUUCGUCAUCAUCAGGGCCAGCAUGGCCGGAAACUGAUGCUAAUCAUCCCUUGACUCAGUUCUUUGCGUCCGUAGAGGAGCUUACCAAGACUGCGGACUACAAUGAAGUCUACGGCAUCACGCUCUCCCCGGCAUCACCGUUCCAGACCAAACUCAUCCUGCAAAAGUUCCUACGGGCGAAUUCGAACGACUUAGUGAAAGCUAAGGAGCAACUUCUUGAGACUCUAAAAUGGCGGAAAGAGUUUGAUCCCGUGAAGGCAAUGAGUGAGAGCUAUGAAAAAGAAAGGUUUGAGGGGUUGGGGUACAUUGUGGAUGUCGAUGGUGUUCCGGAGAGUGUUAAUAGCAAGGACACAGUGACUUUCAACAUAUAUGGCUCUGUUAAAGAUAAUAAGAAGACUUUUGGGGAUUUGGAUGGUUUCCUCCGUUGGCGCGUUGGUCUCAUGGAACGCUCCGUCCAUAAACUCGGCCUCCCAACUGCGGACAAGCCUAUCCCCGACUUCGGUGAAGGUCUGGAUCCCUACCAAGGUUUUCAAGUCCAUGACUACCUCCAAGUCUCCUUCAUCCGCAUGGAUCCGAACGCCAAAGCCGCCUCCAAGAAAACCAUAGAAACCUUCCAGAAAUACUACCCAGAAACCCUCUCGCGGAAGUUCUUCGUCAACGUGCCUGUAGUCAUGGGCUGGUUGUUCGCGGCGAUGAAACUCUUCGUUGCCAAGGAAACCAUCAAGAAGUUCACCGUCUUGAGCUACGGCACGGAUCUGGUGGGGGAGCUGGGGAAGGGUAUUCCGAGUGAGUAUGGGGGCGAGAAGGGCUUGCUGAAGGAUGUAGGAGAGGGUGUAGUGUUGAGGGAGGGGGAACAGAGGGAAAUUGGAGACAAAUAUAAGGAUGGGUAAGGCAGUGUGGUUUUGUUAUUAAGAAGUUAAGGAGAAUUCUACGGUGAUAUGACGGGUAGUUGAAGUUUGAAGGACUAUUGGGCUGCUUCGACGGAUUCAUGGGAGGAGCUAGCGAGCGAGCAUGCGUCAACAUCAUGCUUGGCUUGGUUUUUAGUACAUUGAAUAUACCCUAGUCUAGGA